CGCACGCGCUGUUCAGCAGAGCGCGCUCAUAGACUGCACUCUCCUCUCAUAACUCCUGGAGGAUUGGGAAACGGUUGAAGGAAACAUGGUGAACCAAAGAGCGGACAUAGGUUGGCAGUCCUCUAAGAGCGACUCCAGUGGGGUCAGUAACAGUGGAGAGAGCUCCAAAGAGAGCUCCAGGUGCUCGACCCCGGUACUGGACACCGACCGGCUGCGGGACAAGAUGAAGCGGCAGAUUGAGUCUGGGGACCGCUGGUUCUCCCUGGAGUUCUUCCCACCUCGCACAGCGUCUGGAGCCGUCAAUCUCAUCUCUAGAUUUGACCGGAUGGGUUUUGGGGGUCCGCUCUUCAUUGAUGUCACUUGGCAUCCGGCUGGAGAUCCAGGCUCAGAUAAAGAAACGUCUUCCAUGAUAAUAGCAAGCACAGCGGUCAAUUACUGCGGCCUGGAGAGCGUCCUGCAUUUGACAUGCUGCAAUCAGACAAAGGAGAAAAUCACAGCCCAUUUAAAUAAAGCCAAGCGACUCGGCCUAAAGAAUAUCAUGGCCCUGAGAGGAGAUCCUAUUGGGGAAGAUUGGGUAGAGGAAGAUGGCGGUUUUAACUAUGCUACAGAUCUGGUCAAGCACAUUCGCUGUGAAUUUGAUGACUACUUUGAUAUCUGUGUUGCAGGUUACCCCACGGGCCACCCAGAGGCGGAGAGCUACGAAGAUGACCUCAGGCACCUGAAGGAGAAGGUUGAUGCUGGUGCGCACUUCAUCGUCACCCAGCUCUUCUUCAGGGCAGAAACCUUCCUCAAAUUUGUCAAAGACUGUCGGGCCAUUGGCAUCACGUGCCCCAUUCUCCCGGGAAUCUUCCCUAUUCAGGUACAUGAACACACGAACAUACAAACAAAGGUCAUGUGUCUGCCGUGGAACGACGAUCCUCUGGCUCCAGAGACAAACCUGCUGAAGGAUGAGUUGGAGAAGGUGAACCGCAGAGGGGUUCUGACCAUUAACUCUCAACCCAACAUUAACGGCAAACCCUCAUCCGACCCCAUUGUGGGCUGGGGCCCUGCGGGGGGAUACGUCUUUCAAAAGGCUUACCUGGAGUUUUUCACAUCCAGCGAAAAUGUUACUGCACUUCUGCAAGUGCUGAAGAAAUAUGAACCUCGUGUGAACUACCAUAUAGUCAACGUUCAGGGCAGGAAUACUACAAAUGCCCAUGAUAUGCAGCCCAACGCUGUGACAUGGGGCAUAUUCCCCGGCAGAGAGAUCAUUCAGCCCACCGUCGUGGAUCCAGUCAGCUUUAUGUACUGGAAGGACGAGGCUUUUGCGCUGUGGAUUGAACAGUGGGCGAAGCUGUACGAGGAUGAGUCGCCAUCGCGCAUGAUCAUUCAGUACAUCCACGACAACUACUUCCUCGUCAACCUGGUGGACAACGACUUCCCGCUCGACAGCUGCCUGUGGCAGGUGAUGGAAGACAUGUUCACGCUCCUGGACUCCCCUCGAGAAACUCAGGAGGAGGGAAGUCAAUCGUAGCAUCGCAGAACACUCAAAGUCUGCCUGCGCUGCUAUUGAGAUGUCUGGACACGCACAUACGGAGUACUUUACUGUAACGACAGUGGUUUUUAGUCCAUUUCAGAGCUUAAUUCGUCAUUACUCCCAACAUCUAGGGAAAGCAUCAUGACAAAUGUAGCACUACAGAAGAUGAUUCGAGUUGAUCUUUAAAGGGACUUAUGUUUGCAGUUUUGGGUGCCAU